GCUCCAUUGCUUCCAUCUGAUGACGUACCUUACGUACGCUACAACAGCGUGGUGACGUAUUUCCUCCUUCCUUUCCUCUACGAGCAGCGAGAAUGAAGACCAUUCUCAGCAGCCAGACAGUCGACAUCCCCAAAAAUGUCGAGGUGAAGCUGAAGGGGCGGACAGUGACUGUCAAGGGUCCCCGCGGCAAACUCAUCAGGGAGUUCAACCACAUCAACCUGGAGCUCAGACUGCUCGGCAAGAAAAAUAAGAAGCUGCGUGUAGACAAAUGGUGGGGGAACCGAAAGGAGCUGGCAACAGUUCGCACUAUCUGCAGUCAUGUCCAGAACAUGAUCAAGGGAGUCACUUUGGGUUUCCGUUACAAAAUGCGUUCGGUGUAUGCCCACUUCCCCAUCAACGUUGUCAUGCAAGAGAACGGGACUCUGGUGGAGAUCCGAAAUUUCCUGGGUGAGAAAUACAUCCGUCGUGUCAGAAUGAGGACAGGUGUGAUGUGCACAGUCUCAGCAGCCCAGAAGGACGAGCUGGUGCUGGAGGGCAACGAUAUUGAGCUGGUGUCAAAUUCCGCUGCUCUCAUCCAGCAGGCCACCACAGUCAAAAACAAGGACAUCAGAAAGUUCUUGGAUGGCAUUUAUGUGUCUGAGAAAGGAACAGUCGUGGAAUCGGAUAAGUAAAGUUGGAAUCUGAACUCCGGGUCAGAAAAGCAAGAUUUUCUGUGCUUGAAAUUAAACCUCAAGCUGUUGUGGUGGCCCUAACGAACCAACACGUCUUCCCUGAUAGACACCAGAAACGUCCUUUUGAAAUCCAUCAGUAUAUUCUCUGAAGACCAAUAAAGUUGGAAGAUUGUUUCAUCA